AUUCUCGAAGCUGGAAAAAAAAAAAAAAAAAACAGAGACAAAACAUGUCAGUCCUGGGCGACGACGGUCUGGGUUAUGAUCUAGCCCGGAAGCUUGAAACCCUAGGUAUGUGGCGCGCUUGGCUCGGCGACUCUCUCUACUCUAAUUUCCUUCAUUCCCUCUCUUCUCCUGCCUCAUGGCAGUCCUUCAUGCGAACCGACGACUCCAAAUCAAAGUCCCAUUUCCAGCUUCAGCUCCGAGCUCGCGCUCUCUUAUUCGAUAAAGCCAGCGUUUCUCUCUUUCUCAGAUCCAACACUGUUGCUGCAGUUUCCAAUCUCAAUCCAAAUUAUUUGCAAUUGCACGGUGAUGAUGUGUACUUCACUCUAGAGGAUGAAGAUCAACGACGAGAAGGGGGUGGAGUCGGGGCAACCACUAAGAGGUAUAAGAACGAAGAAUUGCCAGAAACAUGGUAUACUCAGUUUAUGGAAAAGCGUAAACUUAAAAGGCCAUAUAGGCUAUCAUUCGGGGACAGAGAGUCGGACAAACGCUCACCAGAGCAAAUGUCUACUUAUUUUAGACUUGUUGCUAGGCACAAAAGAAGAUGUCAGUAUUUGGGCUCUGGAAAUUCUAAUCUAGAAAGCACUUCAAAUAUGCGUUCUGGUUCUGUUUUAGAUGGGUCUCACUCGGUGGAUGAUGACUUUGUCUUUUUCCCCGAGACAAUGUUUAUGUUCAACUGUGUACCCGAUAGUGCAAUCCCACCAAUAAUUAGAGCUCGAGACAUUCAGAAAAUAGAGUUCCGUGGAGCUUUUGAUUCAUUGCCUCAGACCAGAAAUCCUGUAAUGAUAGAGAGGCUUGGUAUUAGUGUGGAACAAGGUGGGAGUUUAAAUCGUGGGAAAAAUGGGUCUGAAGGUCAUAAAAAACUCAGUGAAGAGCAAGCUUUGCAGAUGUCUCAAAAGGUAGUAGCCUGCUUGCUAACAAGAGUUGGUUUUGAUGGCGCAUCAGAAAUUCCCAUGGAAGUCUUCUCUCAAUUGCUCAGGUGUCAUAUUUCUAAACUAGGCCGUAUCUUGAGAGUACUUGCUGAUAGCUACAGAAAGCAGUGUUCAGCAGUUGAGCUACUUAAGAUGUUUCUCCAAACAGCAGGGUUUAGUAAUUUGGUCCACUUGAUGAAGAUUGUUAAGGAAGGUGCUAGAAAUACUGCAGAACCAACCCACCAACAAGCACACGGAAUCCAGUCACAAUUUCAUUCUCAGCACCAGAAUCUUCUUCGACUACCUCAGCAACUACAGAUCCCAAGACAAAUGCAUCCACAGAUGCAGCCAAUGGUUCAUUCCCAAAAUUUAACAUUUCAGCAGCAGCAGCAGCAUUUUGAGAGAUUGCGUAGGCGCCACACAUCCACUCCUCGCCCUGGUAUGGACGUGGACAAGGACAAGCCUUUGGUACAAGUAAAGGUUGAAAACCCACCGGAAUUGCCGUUGGAUAAUAAUGCCGUCAAUGCUUUCCAUUCCAGACAGCCACAGAUGCAGAUGCGGCAUCAACAAAUUGCUGCAAUGUCAAAUCUCCACGCUCAGCCUAACAAUCAGCUCAGGCAGUUGGCAUCCCUCCAAGUUCCCCAAAUGCAAACAUCGAACAUGGGUAUGGUGAGGGCUCCACCGGUGAAGGUUGAAGGUUUUCAGGAAUUGAUGGGUGGGGAUGCGGCAUUAAAACAUGACACCGAGGAAAAUAAGCUAACCUCUCCAUCAAGUAAAUAACUUAUGUCACAUGAUAAUCUUUGGCUUCUGUGGACUCCCCAUAUUCCCCUGGCAAGGCAAGGCUACCCUGGCAAAGCAAGACGAUUUCUCCAAGCAAAUUCUGGAAGAAAGGAAGUGCACGGAAGACAAGUGAAGGAAGAUGGUGUCCCCAUGUUGACAUUAGGAUAAAUAUUUGACAAGUGUCUUCGGAGGUUGUUUCUCAUUAUUAAUCCAAGUGCUAGGUAUUUAUUUGUCUACCACUGAAUAUGUAACAAGCAUUUGUAAUAAAAACGGAUAAACCAAACUCUUCAUAGUA